GGGAUUUUGAUUUAAAUACAUAUUUUCUUGACAAAGUUUCAAAUAGCGUAACAAUAGAUUUUACUGUAUUUUAUUCAUUUCUUUCUUUAUACGUAUACAUUUAUUUAUAAGAUAAGCAUGACAACAAUACCAGCCAAUUUAUUCAUUCAAUUCAUUCAACAAGGAAUUAACAAAGGGUUCAUUCAUCAAAUUACAAAAACAUUAGAUGGCGAACAUUAUCUUGAUGAACGUUAUAUACAAGAAACCAUUUCAGAAUUGAUUGAAAAAAAUGGUAUAUACAACUUAUUCCAAUAGUCAAAUCUAAAACUCAUUUUUAUAAAUGAAUAUAUAACCCUAUUGUAUAUAUAUGUAUAUGUAUUUGUAUGUGUGUGUUGGGGAAUAUGAUAGGAAGAAUAACCGUAGAACAUUUAGCAGAAAAUCUUUGUAUUGAGCAAACCAGUGUUGAGAACGCGUUAAAAACUUUAACAACUACAACAACAAGUCAUUGGACCAUUAUUGAUGAUUUAGUAUUGACAUUGGAUUACAUAAAUCAAAUCUCAAAGGAAGUUGAAGAUGAAAUUAAUAGAUCUGAAUAUAUAUCAAUAGUGACUCAAGCACAACAUAUGAAACUGCCUUACAGUUUAUUGAAAUCUAUUAUAAUCUCUUUAGCUGAGAAGGAUGAAUAUAUUUAUUAUAUGGAAAUACCUGAUGUUAUUUCAACAACAAACUACAUCAAUAACUGUAAAUCCACAAUAAUGGAUGAAUUAAAAUCGUUGGAUGAAUAUUCACCCAUAUUUAAGCUCCAAAAAUCAACACAUAUUCCAGAAGAUUUAUUUUAUUUGUUAUUAGAACAAAUCGUAAAAGAGAAGGAUUUUGAUUUAGGUAUUUUAAGAGGAAAAAGAAGUAGAGCAACGUUUGAACCAAAAAGCUAUAAAGAAAGACAGUUGAUAUUAAUUAAAUCUAUCUUUGAUUCUAAUGAAUGUAUUAGCUUUAACACAAUUGAAAACCAAUAUCCGUUUUGUAAUCCUAUUGAUUUAAUUGAAAAUAAUUAUGACAAGAAUUCAUAUAUAAAACUAAACUCUUGUAUCAUCAAGACAACCGUAAAAGAUAAAGCGAAAGCAACAGUUGAAUGUAUCAAAGAUUACUGUGACGUCAAUGAUUUAUUACCAGCAGGCUUAACUUUUGAGGAUGUCAAUAAAGUCAUUGAUAGUAUUAUGUCAGAGAUAAAUAAUAAGAACUUUGUUUCAUUGGAUGGAGGAUAUAUAGCAACAAUGGAUUAUAUUCAUACACUAGUAGCAGAAUCUCAUCAUUAUUUAAGAAAUCUUUCACGUACCUGGAAACAAAAGAUGAACAAAAACCAGUCACUUCAUAUUCACCUUUCUGAUAAAGACAUUAUUAAAGCGUUUGAAAGUAUUGGAUGUCCUCAUGUUAUUGCUGAGAAAGUAUUACGAUUGACAAGACAUUCUAUGAUGAAUCAAUUUACGGACUUUUUACAAACUCCAUAUCUUGAGACAGAUGCAAUUGUUUCUGGUGAUAAAUGGAUUAUAGAACAUAAAACACGCGAACUUAAGAAACUUUGUAAUCUUCGUCAAACAAUUUAUUUCAACUAUAAGGCCAUGCAACUCUUUGAAGAUCCUGUUACGCAAAAGAGUCUAGAAAAAUACAUCUUAAAAAAUCAGUGUGUAGAGUACGCUUUCCAUUUUGUAAUUUACUUGGUCUUGGAUCAAUCAUAUAACAAAUCUGAAGUUAGCCAAUCUACUUCACUUUGUAUAUCACUUGAAGAUAUUGAGAAUGAACGUAUUAUAGAUUCAAAACAACAAAAGUAUGUUGUUUCUUAUUUUAUUAGGGAAAAUGAUCACAAGUACGAUAACACCUCUGUCAUUGAAAUUGAAGAUUUAUUAAAGAAAAAGCAACUUGACAAGUUUGUUACAAAUAUCUUAAUAAAUGAUAAACAAGGCUUAUUUAAGGGUCAAGCAUUGAAUUAUGAUCAAGCCAAUAAAAUCAUUCAACAGCAAUUACACAGUCAGUUAGAACAAUUGCCUGUAUCUACUUCAACUGUACCACAUCUAUUACAUAUCGUCUCCCUCCUUAUCUUUCAAAAAUUAUUUAAAAUUCCUCUUUAUGUAUCUGGUAAAUUUGUUCCUGUUAUUUUAAACAAGAUAAGAUCAUUACUUCCAAAAGAUAUACAAGACUUGUUGGAUAAUGCACAUUUAUCCAUUAUUAAUAAUGACCGAGAAGAACAUAUUGAAGAUUAUGAAAAGCUUAAAAGGAUUGGAUUAAGUUAUGAUAAUGCAUCUUUGUAAAGAAGACGAUGUCUACUAUAAUAAUAAAAUACUCUUUUUGUAUUAACAA